ACAGUCAGUCAUGUCUUCCGGUCAGCAACUUGCUAGAAUUUUUCAACGGUCUUUUACAUUAUUAAGCCAGAAUUUAACUAAUGUAAACAAAGGAAUUACUUGUGGUUGCAGAGUAACCUCGAAAAAAUAUCAAAAUGGGACAUUUAGUGUGAACAGAUUUCUCCAUACCUCAACCAAUCUUGCACAGAAAAAUGGACAUAACUUCAGUACUGCUUCAGAUGUACAACUACAAAAAGACAAUGAGCCUAAUAGUAAAGAUGUAGUAAUAAGUAAAGUGAAUGAUACUUUACACAGAGAAGAUUUAGGACGAUUAUUUGCUGUAAUACAUGUCCAGGGAAAACAACGGAAAGUAACCACAGAAGAUCUUGUAGUUCUUAGAGGUCAUUUCUAUCCUUCUAUUGGCGACAAAAUUAGAUUGGAAAAGGUUUUACUUGUUGGAGGAAAAGAUUUCACUUUAGUAGGUAGACCAAUUUUAAGUCGAAAACAAGUUAAAGUAGAAGCAACAGUACUAGAGAAGACAUUAUCACAUUUUAUUGUACAGUUUGACUAUAGACCUAGGAGGAAACGCAAGAGAUUUAAUUUGAGAAGAGAAAAUUAUACAGUACUCUUGAUCAACUCUAUUGAAGUGAAUCCAGUACUAGAGACAUAGAGACAUUGUGACUAAAUCAUACGAUCUAUACGUCAUUUCAAUCCUAGAGACUAAGUGAAAUUAAAACAUGAGCAUUUUAUAGUAAUUUGUAUUGAUCUGUUAAAUAAAAUGGAAAUCUAUUCUUA